AUGGCAGACCAAGACAUAGCAACCAAAGCGCCGGAGAGCGAUGCGCAGGAGGACACUGAGCAGGCGCCCACCAUGACGGAGCACUGCACCAGCGAUCGACCUGCCCCUUCGGGAGAGGUCCCAACCGGCGAAAUCACCAAGCUUAACGAUGUCGAAGUCUAUAUUGCCAAGCCAGCCGAUUACCCUCACACGUCGGCAAAGCUCCUCUUGCUUCUCACUGGCGGCACUGGCAUCAAAUCUACGAACAACCAGCUACAGGCCGAUAAAUUCGCCCAAGAAGGCUUUGUUGUAGUCAUGCCGGACCAGUUCGGAGGCGAAGCAGCGCCCAACGCAACCAUGCCUGCCCCCAGCCAACCGAAUUGGAUCGACUCCGUCAAAGCCACUCUCGCCGAAGCAGCCAAAUCUUUCGCAAUUGACAUGUGGCUAGCACGCCACACACCUGAGAAGGUCCUUCCGCUCCUGCAUAAAGCGAUUGAUGGCGCCAAGGAGGAAUUUGCGGACGCCAUUGCAUACGGCGGCGGAAUUUAUGGCGCGGGUUACUGCUUUGGCGCAAAGUACAUCCUGAUCCUGGCCGGCGAGCACGCAGACGCUGCCAUCCAUGGGCAGGAGAGCAAGAGCGAGGAUGUCGAGAAGGGCGCUGCGGCAAAGGAACCCUUGCUCAAGGUUGGCGCUGUGGCGCAUCCCACUAUGGUCGCCAAAGAAGACAUAACAGCAGUCAAAGCUCCUAUCACGAUGGCGCUGGUGCAAAACGAUCCCGUCUUCUCCGAAGAAGUCGGCAAGGCAGGUCAGGAGGCCUUGGAGAAGAACGGCGUCGAGCACGAGAUCAAGACGUACUCGGGCGUGCCUCAUGGUUUUGCUGUGUUGGGCGACUACGAAGAGUCCAAUAUCAUGGAGCAACAGAGACUGGCAUACGAUCAAAUGCUUGGAUGGCUUCAAGCACACUGA